CCCACACAAAAUUUCGAGAAAGCACGAAAAUCCGCUCGCGAUCCUCGACUCUCAACUAACCAACCCGCAGCCCGCAGCAAAUCAGUCACAAUGGCCGGAAACCGUGUCCAGUACCGCCGCCGUAACGGCUACAACACCUCCUCCAACCUCACCCGCAUCGUCAAGACCCCGGGUGGUGAGCUGAGAAUCCUUCACAUCAAGAAGCGCGGUACUGCCCCCAAGUGCGGUGACUGCGGUGUCAAGCUCCCUGGCGUCCCCGCCCUCCGCCCCCGCGAGUACUCCCAGAUCUCCAAGCCCAAGAAGACCGUCCAGCGCGCGUACGGUGGCUCGAGAUGCGGUAACUGCGUCCGCGACCGUAUCGUUCGUGCCUUCCUCAUCGAGGAGCAGAAGAUCGUCAAGAAGGUUCUCAAGGAGCAGAGCCAGAGCGAGAAGAAGAAAUAAACCCGACGCAUCUCUUCUUGGUCACGUCAAACACAACACUGGCAGGAAUGGGAAUAAGGGGUUGGUUCAUUGCUUCGGUGUUCAUUAGGGCAAAAACAGCAUGAUACAAAGGAUCGUCGGGCCACGAGGCGGAUUGAAACGGUUCUUCUUGCCGACGCUGUCGUUAGGGCACUGUUAGGCCUCGAUACCUGAAUGAAAACGGAAAUCGAGCCCUUCAACAACAACAAAAUUCUUAUUGGUCAUGUGGGAUUCCCGUUCGUUUUUCUGUGACGGACGAUAACCCCGCGGUGUCUGGUCGUGGCGCCCAAAAAAAAAAAAAGUGGUUUACUCCCGAGAUCUGGAUUAUGACAGCGAAAUUGAACUUUUCCCGCCUUUACCGAUGA